CCUGUGUCCGCCCCUGGUCAGGGUUCAACAGUCUUCACUCCACACACACAAACACUUUCCCCUCUCUCUCUCCCUCUCUACUCACACCGGCAUUUUUGGUGCCUCUCAACACGCCAUGAAUUCGGCUCUCUUACUAUCCGCAGUACCACUGCUACUCAUUUAUGCGUCCCUAUUCUUGCCGGCGGCGUCUUCCAUCGGAGUCAACUACGGCCGAUUCGGGAACAACCUCCCCCACCCGGAGUCCGUCGUCACCCUUGUCAAGUCCGUCGGCGCCACCCGCCUGAAGCUCUACGACGCCGACCCCCGCGUCCUCAAGGCCUUCGCCAACACUGGCAUUGAGUUCAUCGUGUGCGUCGCCAACGAGUACCUCGCCGGAAUGCGCGACCCGAAGCAAGCCCUCGCCUGGGUGAAGACCAACGUCCAGUGCUAUCUACCAUCGACCAAAAUCACCUCCAUCGCCGUCGGCAACGAGGUCCUCUCGCAGAACGACACCGCUCUCUCGGCCAAUCUCCUCCCGGCCAUGGAAAACAUCCACUCCGCCCUCGUCUCCCUCAAACUCGACAGCCUUAUCGCCGUAACCACCGCCCACAACCUCGCGGUGCUGGAGGUCUCGUAUCCUCCCUCCGCAGGCGCGUUCCGGCGAGAUCUGACUCAGACGCUCUCCUGCAUCCUCGACUUCCACACCAAGGUCGGCUCUCCUUUCCUCAUCAACGCCUACCCUUACUUCGCCUACAGAGCCAACCCCAAGCAGGUGUCCCUGGAUUUCGUCCUCUUCGAACCGGGCUCGCCGGAGAUGGUGGACCAUGGGUCCGGGCUGAGGUACGAAAAUAUGUUCCACGCCCAGAUCGACGCAGCCUACUCCGCCGUGGAGAGGCUGGGAUACAGAAAUGUGCGGCUCCAGAUCUCGGAGACGGGAUGGCCUUCCAAGGGAGACGCGGAUGAGGCUGGGGCGACGCCGGAGAACGCCGGAAAGUAUAUCAGGAACCUCAUGAAGCUGAUUGCCACCAAAAAGGGGACGCCGUUGAGGCCCAAUCAGGACCUCAACAUCUACGUGUUCGCCCUGUUUAACGAGAAUCAGAAGCCCGGCCCGACUUCUGAGAGGAAUUUUGGGCUUUUUAAGCCCGAUGGGACGCCUGUGUACAAUCUGGGGUUAAACACGACCACCACUAACACUACCGAUUUCACUCCCCCAUACGACUCCACACCCCCAUCUGCCACAAUUGGGACCUCUUCUGAUGGCUACCUUGCUAUUACUGCUGAUGAUUCGGAGAGAAUUCCUUUCCAAGCCAAGUUAUCGUUUUUGUGCCUGGUGUUCACAGCCAUUUUAGCAUUCCAGCUCUGAUUAUUGUUAAUCCCAAUCGUAGUUUUGAUCUAUAGGGGCCGACAUAGAGCUUCAGGUCUGGAAAAAGUGAGAUUCCUUUGAUUUUCUUAAUUUCAUAUAUGCAAAAUAUCUUUGGAGUCGUAGUAUUUUUUCUUUAACUAGGAGCAUGAAAAAGAGUAUCAACAACGGUAACUUACUCUAAUUUAAUAUUCAAGUUAUGGGUGGUUGGGUUUUUUACAACCUUUUUAGAGCUAUCAAGAAUUUGGGAGCUGCCUAAUUGAGUGCUGUUGGGAAAAUGAUGAAGAUGCAUUUGCACCUUUUUAGUCUUUUAGGCUGGCAUUGAGUCUAAUGCUUUUCCCUCUUGUAAUUUUUUUUUGUGCUGGUGUGUUAUGAAAAGCAGGACUGCACAUGUUGGAUUUUGUUCUUGCUUAUGUGUUCUCGGAUAUUAGAUGCUAAUGAUGGGCCCACCCUUCUUUUUAAUCAUUCAAAGUUUUUUUACUUAAUUAUUUGGGGUUUAUCUCUCUCUCUCUAUAUAUAUAU